GCAGACAUGCCCAAAAAGAAGCCGACACCCAUCCAGUUGAACCCGGCCCCCGAUGGCUCGGCGGUUAACGGGACCAGCUCGGCCGAGACCAACCUAGAAGCCUUGCAGAAGAAGCUGGAGGAGCUGGAGCUUGAUGAGCAGCAGCGGAAGCGUCUCGAGGCCUUCCUGACGCAGAAGCAGAAGGUGGGGGAACUGAAGGAUGACGACUUCGAGAAGAUCAGUGAGCUGGGGGCCGGCAAUGGCGGAGUGGUGUUCAAGGUCUCCCAUAAGCCAUCUGGCUUGGUCAUGGCCAGAAAGUUAAUCCACUUGGAGAUCAAACCCGCAAUCCGGAACCAGAUCAUCCGGGAGCUGCAGGUUCUGCACGAGUGCAACUCCCCGUACAUCGUGGGCUUCUACGGGGCCUUCUACAGCGACGGCGAGAUCAGCAUCUGCAUGGAGCACAUGGAUGGUGGCUCCUUGGAUCAAGUCUUGAAGAAAGCCGGGAGAAUUCCUGAGCAAAUUUUAGGGAAAGUUAGCAUUGCUGUGAUCAAAGGCCUGACGUACCUGAGGGAGAAGCACAAGAUUAUGCACAGAGAUGUGAAGCCCUCCAAUAUCCUAGUGAACUCCCGCGGGGAGAUCAAGCUCUGUGACUUUGGGGUCAGCGGUCAGCUGAUUGACUCCAUGGCCAACUCCUUCGUGGGCACAAGGUCCUACAUGUCGCCUGAAAGACUCCAGGGCACUCAUUACUCUGUGCAGUCGGACAUCUGGAGCAUGGGGCUCUCUCUGGUGGAGAUGGCGGUGGGGAGGUACCCCAUCCCUCCUCCCGAUGCCAAGGAGCUGGAGCUGAUGUUUGGGUGCCAAGUGGAGGGAGAUGUGGCUGAGACACCACCCAGACCAAGGACUCCCGGAAGACCCCUCAGCUCAUACGGAAUGGACAGCAGACCUCCUAUGGCAAUUUUUGAGUUGCUGGAUUACAUAGUCAAUGAGCCUCCUCCAAAACUGCCCAGUGGAGUGUUCAGUCUAGAAUUUCAAGAUUUUGUGAACAAGUGUUUGAUAAAGAACCCUGCGGAGAGAGCGGAUCUGAAGCAACUCAUGGUUCAUGCUUUCAUCAAGAGAUCUGACGCUGAGGAGGUGGAUUUUGCAGGUUGGCUCUGCUCCACCAUUGGCCUUAACCAGCCCAGCACACCAACCCAUGCAGCUGGCAUCUGACCCUUGAGUCUAACGCCCACGAUGUGCCACGUUGCUUUCAGGCCUCUCCCAUGCUUGUGUCUGUUCAGACGUGCAUUUCACCUGUGACAAAGGAUGAAGAACACAGCAUGUGCCAAAACUAUACUUGUGUCACUUUUAAUAUUCCUUGUCUUUAUUACAAUAUUGUUCCUCCCCUACGUGGAUUGGCUUUGUGCUUGGGGCUACUUGUAUGUUGGUCAAAACAUGCCAGGCUGAACGGUGGUAACUGGUGACCGUGGGUCGUCGUUCUUACUGACAUUUGCGCUGCUGCUCCUGCUCCGAGCCUGGCUGGCCGCCUGUGUCGUCAGGGUUUGGACACUGGCGGUACUUCAUGCUUGCCCGCGUCCCUCCUCCCUCCAGCCACGGGGAGGGCGCUGCCUCGCGAGAGCCCCCACAGGCAGUGCACGUAAAGCAUGCUUUGCUGCUACUUAACUGGAUGAGCGGCAGAAAGUGGACGUCAUGUGGUUUUUACUUUUUGCUUUUGGUGUAGAAUUCAGCAGUUUCCAUCAAAAUCUAGCCAGAGCCCUUCACUGCCAUGAUAGCUGGGGCUUCACCAGUCUGUCUACUGUGAUGAUUUGUAGACGUCUGGCUGUAUUUCUAUAUUUAUUUUUAAAUAUACUGUGUGGGGGACUUAGUGGUGUACGUCUCUUUAAGUUUUGGGUUAGUGUUUCUAGAAGGGUGUUAUUUUGAAUGUUACAAAUUGGUCAAGGCAUUAAAAUGUGUCAGAUUUCUACUUUCCCUCUAGCCCAAGUACCAAUGCUAUUGUAAACAACGUGUAUAGUGCCUCAAAAUUGUAUGAAAAUCCUUUUAACCAUUUUAAUCCAGAUGUUUAUCAAAUCUCUUAUUCUAAUAAAUAUACUAUGCGGUUAAAGCAAAAA